AUGAACUUUGUCUGGUCCCCUGACAAUGAAUGGGAUUACAUUGCGAACCUCACAGGUGAUGAGACUUGGGGACACGAGCAUAUGCGACGACACUUGAUGAAUCUUGAAAACUGUACCUAUGUACCUGAAGGUACCCCUGGACAUGGCUUCGACGGCUACCUUGUGAACGAUCUGAGCAACGCCACUAUCCAAAUCGGGGAACCUAAUGUUGCCAACAUGUUCCAGCAAAUGUUCCAGCAGACCGAAGGUAUCGAUGUCGAAACCACUGACGAGAUGAUUAAGCUUUUCCAACGGGACCUUAACGGUGCUGAUCCAGACCGCUACAAGGAUGGUUCUCUGUACAGCACCCCUUCGGCAAUCGACCCCAGCACGGGUGCUAGAAGUGGUGCUGGUAUUUACAUCAACGAGGUCAUCGAUGCAGGACACCCCUUGACAGUCAGCUUCCACUCUCUCGCCACAAAGGUCCUUCUCAAGCAAUCCCGCCACGGAGAGAAGCCAAAGGCUUAUGGUGUUGAGUACAUGGUCGGUGAAGGUCUUUACUCUACUGAUGGACGCUAUGACCCUGAGCAGACCGGCGAGACAAAGAAAGUCUUUGCUAAGCACGAAGUAAUCGUUUCAGGCGGUGCUUUCAACACUCCUCAGAUUCUCAUGCUCAGCGGUAUCGGUCCACGAGAGGAGCUAGAGGCUUGGGAUAUCCCCGUCGUUGUCGAUCUACCCGCUGUCGGCUCCAACCUGCAUGACAACUAUGAAGUCCCUGUUCAGAUGCAGGCUGAAGAAAACUGGUACGAGCCUGUUGAAGGAUCUCCUUGCACCGGCACAUACGAUGAAAAAGAUCCCUGUUUCGUAGAAUGGCGAGACAAUGCUGCUGGACCAUACGCAGCUCGCGAUAGUGGCUACGGCGCUCUUUGGAGGUCCAGCCAGAGUUGGGACGAAGAUUCCGACCUCAUGUUCCUGAGUGGUAUCGGCCUGGCCGGUCUCACUGGUUCCUACCCCGGUUACUCCAGAGGCGAACUCUCCAGCAUCGACCCCGCGUACUGGAUGCACGCCGUCGUCAAGAUGCAAACCAGCAACAGCGUAGGAACCGUCCGUCUCAACUCAUCCGACCCCCGCAUCAGGCCCAACAUCAACUUCAACUACUUCUCCGAGUCUGCCAAGCGCGACCUUGACGCGAUUGCUGAGGGUAUCGCGAUGCUGCGACGCGCUUUCGACGCGACUGGAAUCCCAUACAAGCAGCUGAUCCCUAACCCUGAGAAUGAGAGGCAAGAGAUCAAGGAUCUGGCGUUUAGUCAUCAUGCUUCUUCGACUUGUACCAUUGGGCCUGAUGAUGGCGACUCUUGUGUUGAUUCGAGGUUCCGUGUGCGUGGUGUUGAUAAGUUGAGGGUUGUUGAUGCUUCGGUUUUCCCACGCAGUCCUGGUGCUAUGCCCAACGGACCUACUUGGACCAUCUCUCGCAAGGCUUUCGAGACUCUUUUGGAAGACAACCACAAGAAAUGA